AUGCAUACUCCUUCAUCUAGUCUUGUAGUUGCCGAUUCCAAGAAAGCCUUAACUGUUUCUAGUUUUUUUAUCACCUUCUUUCUUUCCUCACUGGCUGCUUUGAUUUCUUGGCUUCACAGCUCCAGUUCGCCACCGACAACAUUCUCCGGCUGGAAUCCCUCUGACUCCGACCCAGUGGGAUGGCCUUACAUCAGAACUAUCUCUUCCGAUAUUGGAGAUUGCCCUGAACUUAGAGUUAUCGAGUUAAGCUCAAACAGAUUCAUUGGUGAAAAAACUUUGACUGUAGGGAAGCUCAAGAAUCUCCAAGAACUCACUUUGUAUGAAGAUUUUGGCUAUGCCGUUACCAUGAAAGGUAAUCUCCUUCCUCUUGUUAAAAGGAGCGCCACCUGGAGCAGUGACUUCGACUGCUUUGGUCUUACCGUCGUUACCCUGUGUGAUGUCCAACUCAACCGCAUCGCCAACUGUUAG